UGAAACAGAGGGAUAGAUGAGUGUCCCAGGAGGUGGCAAAGAACGAUACCAUUUUUAUGACUACUAAGUACAAAAAGCUACAUUGAAGUCAGGACUACAAUGUACCAAAGGCAGAACAUUCAGAGGGAAGCGGCAGCAGAGUUCAGGGCUCAGGUUGAAAGGACGUCAUCUCUGCUUUAAAGGAAAAACAAUGAGACUGUGCCCUUUUGGGCCGCUUGAUGAUGAAUGAGGAAGACUUGAAAGAUUUCGUUUCCUUCUCCAAAAAAAAGAAAAAAUGAAGGGGGUUUUAACCUUAGAAAAAGCAGAAAGAUUAAAUCUGGUCUUCCCUGUUUUUUUGCUGGAUGUCUCUUUGAAAGGCAAGAGAACUGAAGUGGGGAAGAAUCUUUAAAGACAGCUUUUCUCCUGAGUGUUUGUCUGAUUUAACUCAAAGGUCUAUGUGAACAAAACCAAAUGAACCCAGAUCUUUGAAAAGUCUGACUUAAAAAAACCCUCAAUGGCUGAAAUUUCACUUCCUUGGUUGCUAUGUGGUGGUGUAAUCCUCCCAGUUUUCCAGUUGUCCAUAAAGUCUUCCAGGAAAAACAGUAGACAAGAUUUGAAUGUAUAAUGUUAGGUCUUUAUACAUCAUAAAGAAACAAAGCAACCACAGAGCACUAAUGACCACUGAUAGUUAGGCACCUAAAUAAUUUUGAGGACCUAGCAGUAGGGCCCUGCUCCUGCUCUGGGUAGAUGGACCCUUGUUUCCAUACAGAGCUGCCUUGCAUUGGGCAGGUACUUCAGGACCAUGGCUGCAGGAACCGUGCCUACCUGACACGCAGUACAUUGAAUGCUAGUAACUCUUGAGGGCACUUGUGCACUUGCCCUCUUAAUCUCAAAGGACACCAGGUUAGCCCCCCACAAUCCUGCAAGUAGAUCUAUGUCCGUCAAAACCCACUGGUAUCAAUCUGGCAUGGAAGAACUAGCAGGCCUGAGCCUUAAUUAGGAGCAGAGCUAAUUGAGAAAUGGGGUGGUGUUUCAAAUGUCCACUCAUCUAGCUUUCUUCAACGUUUUCCAACCAGCUUGAAGUAAGAGCCUGUUGUUAUGUUUCAUAACAUACAAAUAGAGAAGUGAGAUGAAAACAUAAAAUAGUCUCACUGGAAGGUUGCAACGUAGCACUGCUUUAUUUUGUAGAAUUCAGGGUGAUAAAAGCAGAGAGAGACAAAGCAGGCUGCUCCCAGAAGUACAACUCACCCCACCUUGUUACUCUAGGCUUCCUGGAUGCAAACUGACUGCUGUGUUCAUGCUUCCCUACAGAGGCUCCUGCCUGCAGAACCAGAAAACCCCUGAGCAUUUAAAUUGGUAGCUCUCCCAUGUUAAUAGUUUUCCAUACACUACACCUGUGAGCCCGGUUUCCCAGGGCUUGCAGCAUACAGACACACACACACCCAUGUAGCCCCAAGGAUAUUUUUAAAGCUCUGUAAGUUCUUAUGAAUGUAUUUUUAUUACAGUAGCACCUAGAAGUCCCAGCUGAGGGUAUCUCUACACUCCAACUGAACUGCAACUGGGGGACAGGAUUGAGUUUGGGUAGGCAAACCCACAUUAGCUUUCAUCUAGCUGACGUGGCUGAAAAUAGCCCGGCCUACCGUGUCUUCACUGCUAUUCGUAGCCUUGUUAACUAGAUUAAAGCUAAUUUGGGUAUGCCUGUGUGACACACCUUCCAUUGCAGUGUAGGCCUGCUCUGAGAUCAUGGCCUCAUUGUGCUUGGAGCUGUACAGAGACGUAGUGAGAGACAGUCCCUGCCCAAGAGACCUCACAGUCUAAAUAGCAGAAGGGGAAAUGACUUGCCCAAGAGCACACAGUAGGUCAGUGGCAGGAUUAGAACCCAGCAUGCCUAGCUCCCCAGCGGGGCCAGUGCUCCAGCCAUCCAACCUCGAUUUCCCCCUGCUGCUGUGACUAGGGCUGAUACUCAUCUAGUGAGAACAUUUCAGGUGGCCCCCCAGGUGAAAUUUGGCUUGCACAGUAUUUCAUCUGCCCACCCAAAAUAGUCCUGGCCAGUCAGAGCUGCAGAUGCUCAUCCCCUCCCCACCCACCAGGGAGCAACCAGCUGCCACUUUAACAGACUCCAGCGCAUCUCCUUCUCAUCCGUCUAGCCAGCCUCACUGUUGUUUGUUUUUCUUUAAUUCCUAUCGGCUCAAUUUCUCUCUCUCCACUUCCAGCUGCCCUCGCCUUUAAUUCCCCCCUCCCUCCACUUUCCCUCUCUCCCCGAUCUCUCUCUUCUUUAUUUACGGCCACCUUCUCUCUAGCGAGCAGAGCCAGUUUGCAAUUUCACACCUCAGGUUGGGCUGGGCGCCAUGGAGCACCCGGCGUGCCUAGCCAGGGACAGCCGGGGGAGAUGGGAUGGAGAAGGCUGAAAAAGGAAGAGAUUUAAACCUCCCCUCUCUGCAUACCCCCAACUUUCUUUUGCCUGCUCAAUUUCAGCUUAUCCCUCCCUUUUCCCUGGUCAGUUUCACUAGGCUCUGGCCUCUGGGGGGAAUUGAAUCUAUUGAUGCUUCCCCAGGCCACGCUCCAUAAGCAUCAGGGAUCUGGAGAAGGGGCAUUUUCCCUCCUGCCUCCCUUUUCCUGUUGCAGGGGAUGACACUUCUCUGGGAGCCAGGCCUGGGGAGUGCUAGGUAUCUGCCCCUCCAGCUGCUGCCUUGCUUCUUGCUGAAGGUCUCUGUAACCUUUUCAAACUAGAGGGAGCUGUGCAUGCAAAAACCUUAGGGCCGGGAGGAGGAGGCGAAAAACCCUUUGACGUAUCAGGAGCAACGAUUGCAAAGAGGCUUCCAGACCUUCCAGCUACCGAUUUUUUUUCUUUAUCUCCCGCCUUUCCCCAAAUCAUCCCCAACAACCGCAUCAAAGCUAUGACCGGCUUCCUUAAGCUGCAGCUCCUUCCCUCCUUCCUCCCAAAAGUAGCCCGCAGGUCCCCGAAAACAGGAAAGAACUGAUGGAUGCAAAAGGCUGAAAAGUCUCUUCCCACUCCCGCCUCCUUUUCUUUGUGCUGUGGCCUUGCAAAAAGCUACUGGUGGUGGUUGGAGAUCACUGGUGCGGUUGUUUGGGCUGUGUUGUGUUUGCAGCUGCUUUCCUGGAUCCUGGAAAGGAGAUGAGCUCUCGAGGAAAGCAUCAUAACAGCCCUCUCCAAAUCUAACAAAGGAGAAGAAAGCUGUAACUGGACUCUUCCAAGCUAGACUUUUGCUAAAGUUUUCCAGUCCUGCUUUUGUGAAUGUCUCUUAAGAGGGAGGAGGUUUGAUGAUUAUUUUUGUUUUGUAAGAUCCCUGUUUGGGCUUUGGAAUAAAUCACUGUCUUUCCCCCCCGCCCCCCUGCACCAGAAAUAAAACCCGAAUGAUGGAUGUGUGCCAGCGUGUACUGGAGAUUGUCUUGUUUUUCCAGGAAUUGCGUGUAUGAGGGUUUGACACUUCAGCAACCUUAACUGUAAACCAAGGAAGUUUCUGGUGGUGAUGGGAAAUAAAUAUAUACACAGCUUCGUAUCUGACAAGCAAAUGUAGCCAGAAUGCGAUUCCGUUCCCUGGAUCUCUUAGAGGAGUCUAACAAAGACUUAAAAGAACCACUGGUUAUAUAUUUAUGUAUUUAAGAGGAACUUUGUCAAGGCAGUUUUUAAAUGGACAUUAAUGUGCCUGGCUGGUGUUUGAACGGGUGAGAUGUUCAUUGUCUAGGGUUGUUUUGGGGUUGUUUUUUUUUAUAUGUUUCUUUCCAGACCAUAGGAAAUUGUCUUUGCGGGAUGCUCUGUUGUUGCUUAGAUCUGAUCGUUCCAUAAUGAACUGGUAAAUUUCUUUUCUCUCUCUUUCUUUCCCCUUUAAAAGCGCUAAUGCUUUGUAAAUGCUUAGUAUCGCAAAUCCGUUUUAGGGAUUAAAACCGAUCUCUUAGAAAGAUACUCGGGGGCUUUCUUUCGAGACAGGUUUUUGGCUGCAGGUGUCUAUUUUUUGAAGCUUAGUGCAGGGUUGAUGACAUUUUAAAAAAAAAAGACUUUUUCUCCCCUCGAUUUUCCAUUGCAUUUGAACUGGUAAUAGAUUGUGGAACCCUUCCAUGAUCCAACCCCCACACAGAGAUCUGGUUUGAUGGAGGGAGGACAAUUCAUUUCCAACUCCUGGAGAAGCUCGCUCUGGGAUAAGACAUCAGUCUGAGACAUAAACAUUGGAGACCCCUUGAUGCCCAGGGUCUCCUGAAAGGAAGAUGAACGACGCCCAAUUUGGAUUAUAAAUCAUGGGGACCCACUAAGGCUUAUCUGAUGUCAUGUUGAGUACUCUUCCCGACCCACUUGUUCUGCCCAGAGAGGUCAGGGUUUUGUUGUCAGGCUGGAACAAAUGGCCAAGUGGCUGAAAGAUUACUUGAGUUUUGGGAGCAGGAGGUCUCCUCCACAGCCCCCCAAGCCCGACUACACGGAGAGUGAGAUUUUAAAGGCUUACAGAGCGCAGAAGAGCCUGGAUUUUGAGGAUCCCUAUGAAGACAGCGACAAUAAACUGGAGCCGGAUCCUGUGGGAUCGGGUUCCCCAAAUACAGCAGCUGCCGGUGGCUGUGCAGAAGGGAAAUACACCUCCCCAAAACACAGGCUUAUCAAAGUGGAGUCCACAGACCUGAACAGAAGCAAAGCUCUGCUGGCGACGGCUGCUGAAGAACUCAAAGGCGGGCAAGAGCAGGGCAAUGGCGACAGCGAGUACUCCAACCCCUUCGAUGCCAGCCGGGAGCAGCCAGGGGACGUCGAGGAGACAGUGCCAGAGAACAACGGCUACAUGGAGCCCAACGACGCCCAGCGGGUGGUGGCAGAUCUCCAGGGCAAAGGCGACUGGGAGGGCCGGAGGGGGCAGAAGUGCCAGCAGGGGCUGCAGCUUUACGACACCCCCUAUGAGGAGCAGGAGCGAGACCCAGAGGGUGGCUCGGCCAGCCCAGCCCGCGAGAGCCGCCUGCCCCAAGAUGACGAGCGGCCGGCAGACGAGUACGAUCAGCCCUGGGAGUGGAAGAAAGACCACAUCUCCCGGGCCUUUGCAGUAGUGCAGUUCGAGAACCCCGACUGGGAGCGCCCCUCCUCCCUGAACAAAGAGCACCGUUGGCCGCCGAAGCACCUGACGGCAGGCCCCAAGCACGGCCGAUCACAGAGCCCAGAGCGCAGCCCCCCCGUGGCCGAGCGCGUGGACCCCUCGCUGCCACUGGAGAAGCAGGUGUGGUACCACGGCUCCAUCAGCAGAGCGGAUGCCGAGACCCUGCUGACUCUGUGCAAAGAAGGCAGCUACCUGGUGCGGAACAGUGAAACCAGCCACCAUGACUACUCCCUGUCGCUCAGGAGCAGCCAUGGCUUCAUGCACAUGAAGUUCACCAAGACCAGGGAGAGCAAGUAUGUGCUGGGCCAGAACAGCGCCCCCUUCGAGAGCAUCCCCGAGGUCAUCCACUACUACACGGCUCAGGAGCUGCCCGUCAAAGGCGCCGAGCAACUCUCGCUGCUGUACCCUGUCGCCGUGCAGACCCUCUGACGCGGGGGGGGCACUGGGUGCUUGCUGACCACGAGGAAGGGCUGGGCCGGCCCCAGCCCAGCCCCUAGGGGUGAAUGCCCGGCCGUUUCAGCACAGGGGACUCCUGCUUCGAAGCAGCAAUGGCAAGUCGCUCUGGCUGCAAUGCUGCGUCCAAUGCCCUCCAACCCCUGCGUCUUGCUCUGGGGGGGUGGCCUUUGUCCUGGAAGGUCCCACACAGCAAAGGGGUUAGCCUGGAGUCAUCCCUUCUAGCCACAUCUGGGAGCUUCUGCUUCGGAGCUGUUUGUCCGGGAGAUUCCCUUUCCCCUCCACCCCCACCUUGGUCUCCCCUACUCCGGGAUGCUGCCACUGUGGGAGGGAGGUUUGUAGCAUGUCCCGUCCUGGACAGUCCUGCCCUGGGAGGGACAUGCUCUGAGCACAAUAACAUGUAGAGAUGGUAGGUUCAUGUAACAGCUCUCCGGUGUCCUACCCCUGGUGUCAUCUCGCCUGAGCCAGCUCCCCCCCACCACUAGCUCCUUGGCCCCCUGAGCCGAGUGGACCCCCUUCCCCCUGGCGUGUGUGCGCGGAGCCGUCGUGCCGUGUGUGCUCGUGCUGCCUUGGCAAAUAGGUUUCCAUUAAACGCCGUAGUCCAGA